AUGGACGACCCCGCGUUGAUGCCAGACUUGUCCCACCUUUCAGCGGAAGAGCGAGAAAUAAUAGAACAGGUGAGGCACGUCACCCAUUUCGCAUACCUGAGUUUUCGCCUUAUUUGUCCCAAGUGGCGAACUAAUCAAACAGAAAAGAAAUUGGAGCAAAAGUGUAUUUUCUGACAAACCCCAAACGGCUUGAAUUGCAGGUGUUCAAGCGGCAGCGAGAUGAAGAAGCGAAGGAAGUGCAAAUGUCACAGUAUGUACUUUUUUGAGGGGCUUCUGAAUAUGGGAAACUGGAUAUUUCAGUUGAUUUGAUGUACUUGAAAGGUUUUCGGAGUCUCUGGAGCAUGAACUUUACUUUUGAGUUACUCAAAAUGUGGAUUGGAAUGGGGAGCUUCAGAGAAAAAAGUACAAAAAAGUUUCGAAAUUUGUUUCAAAGAAAAGUUUAGAAUGAAUCUUCAUUCUACUUGAGAGUGUUUUCACAGCAUAUGGAAGAUUAUUUAUGAAGAAUUUUUUUAUGAGCUGACCAACUUAACAGCACAGAAAUUUCACUUGAAAAAAAUUAAAUUAUUUUUCCAAAUCAAGAAAAAAAGUGAAAAAUUUUUUUGUUUUUGUUCGAAGACAAUCAGAAUCAAAUUUUUCAAACCUUGUCAUUUCAAAAAAAGUUUUCAAACGUUUUUUUGUUCUGUUGCAUUCAAGCAACUUAUCAUUGGAAAUUAAAAUCAUCUAUACUUUUUUUAAAUUUAUUAUAAGAGUUCAGUCGAUAAAAUUUAAUAUUCUGCACAUUUUUUCAAAAAAAUGAUCCACAUUACCAACGCAAUUGUUGCAUUUCUUAUGUCCCUUAAUAAGUCCAAAUGCCCUUCUUACAUGCAAAUGAGUAACUUUUUCCGUUCUUUGAAAAGGUCAAUUUUUCGCAGGAAAGCGUCGGAGGAGCUGGAAGAACUGGACAAGCAGCUAAAUGAGCGGAAAGAGACGUCGAGGAAGUUGAUAGGCACACAAGACGACGCCAUUUGUCAAAUAUGCCAGAAGACCAAAUUUGCCGAUGGGAUAGGUACUCCUCUUCCAUAUUUCUCCAUUUUGAGACUUCUGUUUCUCAAAAUUUGCUACGCAUCUUAGCAACGACUGUUCUGUCAGUUGAAUCAAUCAAAGUGAGAAAAAGCUGUUGAAAGAAAACGGCUUUCAAUCAUUCAGAACGGAUUGUGUUGAGCAAAGAAACAGUGAAUCUAUGAAAAGUUUUCUCAACGAGAGCUUGUAAAAUAAGAUUUGACUCUGGAAAUGUUUCUGUGAGAGAGUCCAAAAAGGAAGUUUCAUACAAAAUCGAUCAUUUUUCCAACCAUUGUAUACGACUCGAAAAAUGAAGAAAAUAAUAUGAUUCUGUUUUUAAAACACCUUCUUCCAAACGUGUCUUUUUUCAAAGCAUAACUGAUUCUUGAAUCAAGGACCAAAUAUUCAACCAAGAAGUUUUUUAUCGAAUCGGUCAUAAAAAUUGCGUAAUUAGAGUACUUUUCAACCGAGGAAACAUUUUGCAAUGAUUUUGUGAUGAAAAACGUUUCGUGUCUCGAACUCGAAAACUGUUCAGCAUAAAAAAACUACCUCGUCAGGGAUUCAACUUUCUUUUUAGUAAAUUUUUUUGAAAUUAAAGUUGCUAUUCGAAGUUUCGUGAUCAGAUAUCCCUGAGGUUGGCACUACUUUCGAAUAUUCCUGAAUUUCGAGACGAAUAAAAAGACAAGAUGAAUUUUUUCAUUGAAAUAUCACGUUCACUGCGUUAGAAAUCUCUUAUCACUUCGAACAAAAAUGUCUUAAGGGAACAGUUUUCAAUCAAAGUUCAAUUUCGGAGCUGCGAAAGUUCUAAACAAGCACUCAACAACUCUCUCUGAUCCUAAUUGAAUCGUGUAACUCGUAAUUGAAUUGAUAUUUGGUCAGCUUUCUGAACACGACACUGUCUCCUUUCCAUUGCAAAAAAUGCGUUCCAACCAAAAAAUUCAUUUUUCAGGACACAAAUGCUUCUACUGUCAACUGCGAAGCUGCGCCCGUUGCGGCGGACGAGCCCAAUCAAAAAACAAGGUCGUUUCCAACUCGGCUCUCGAGUGGAUAACGACAGAUUAAAACAGAUUGCUUCAGGCAAUCUGGGCGUGCUCGUUAUGCCAAAAACGGCAACAAAUCCUGGCGAAAACGGGCAAAUGGUUCCAGCCAGAAGAGCCGCCGCAGCCGAAAAUUAGCGUUUCCGGCUCGCCAUCCCAAGCGUCGAGGUUUGCGCCACGCGUUUGCUUAUUUUUCCUCUGUCGCUUUCCAAGUUCGGGAUUUAUUCUUCCGGGUAUUUUUAAAGCAACUGUACUGGAAAAAUAUUUUAUUUUUUUUCAUUUUUUACAAAAUUCAACUUCGAAGAACACCUCUAAGAAAACUUAGGGAAAUUUUUCAGACAGGUGAACUUAAGAAACUCAAAGUUAUGGCGAAACUUAACUUCGAGAAUUUCAUUUCAUGGAAGUUGGAUAACUGCUUCGGAAAAUUUGAAAAAUCUUUAAAAUGACUAAAUGUUGGUGUUCAUUAAUAUAUCAUCGUUUAAUUUUGAAUUUUUUUGAAAAUUCGGCAAAUUCUCUCAGCUAACUUUAUUCCUCAUUUUCACUCUUACCUUUACUGAAAACGCUGUUUCACCAUUUUUUUUUCUCCAGUUCAUUUCCAAUUUUGCAGCAUUUAAAUCUACUCACAAUCUUGCAAUGCUUCUAGAAAAUUUCAAAAGAUAAAAUCCUUUCAUCUUUUAUCAUUUCAAAACUUUGAAAAAAAUUUUAAUUCACUUCUGUCAUGAAAGUCGUUUGUAAUGUAAUUGCUCCAUCCGUCUCAUCAUAACAUAUUUUCUAAAUUUUUUUCACGUUUCAUCGAGCAAAAAUAUAAUUUGAACAUUUCAAGCUUUUCGUACAUAAAAAGAAAAAAGCUGAGCCGUCAAUCUCAAUAAGACGUUAAUGAGAGUGAAUUUUUAUUUUAACGGAGAGUGUUUUCACUGCGACUUUUUGCGUUUGCAGCUCUCGAUUCUAUUUUCUAUUGGGUAGUGUCUUGUUUCCAAAUUUCCUUUGGAUAUAUGUGAAACUCGAUGUGGUAUUUUUUCGGCUUUUUUAAACAUUACAUUGCUCUUUCAUAACCGAGCAACAACGAUAUCCUGCAGUUUUCAAAGCCAAAAGUGAAUUUGAGCUUUCAUCUUUAUAUUUACUUUAAAUUUUCUUGAGCUGAUUUCAAAAGUUAUCUGAAGAACUGAAUAGCUGACGCUCAAAAAUUUCAUCACAUCAAUAGAGAGGAGUGAAGGCUCCAAUCUGUAAGACGUGUUUGAGAACAAACUCUCAUUUUGUUUGCCUAUCACGAUUCUUGGAUUUGCAGUCCUCAACCAUCAGUCUCAAUGCAACAACUUCCAAUCGACCCAGCACGAAGUUCUCAACAACAACAACAGCAAAUGCCUACGCAGAACGUUCCUCAUCAAGUUCGUUAAACAAAUUUUCCAAAAAUUCAAACUGAAUAGAGAAGAGACUUGUUAUAGGAAAGACCCACGCAACAACAACAAGUCCCUCAGCAUUCUCAAGCUCCGCAGCCACACCAUCCUCAGACGCAGCAAAAUCCUCAGCCUCAGCAGCAGCAUCAUCCUCCGGACCAGAGAAGACCUCAACCAGAUUCAUCCAGUGAGUUGUGUUCACGAAAAAGAAAAAAAACAUCAGACUUCUUCAUGAAAACUGUUGGACUCAAAUCGUGUUUUUGACUUUUUGAAACAGGAAAGGAUAGAAGUUUCGACUAAUUUGGUCUGCAGGCAACUUAAAAUUCGAUAAUAAACAAAAAAUACAUUCAAUAAUUUCAAGAGCGCGGCAAUAGCUUCAAAGAGAAUUCUUUCUUGGAACUCAAAAAAAAAGUUACACGGUUACUGGAAUCUUUUUUUACUGAUGAAACUACGGACUGUUUCAAGAGAAAAAAAAAACUGAUUUCUACGGCAGCUCAUGUGGUAUAAAAAUAAACCAACACUCCUUCAAAUAUUUAUUAAGAGAAUAUCCAAUUAAGAAAGAGGAAUAUGCAAUGAGUGUCUGAGUAAAAACUCAAGUAGGUACUCGAGUAACUCAAUACGUUUUCAAGGCCAAAUAAUCUCUUCAAAAUAUUUCUCAUGAGCUAUUCCAGGAGAAAGAAACAUCACUAUUUCAAUAAUUCCAAUCAUUAAAAGUAAUUUCAUUCUUUUAAAUAUUUGAGAUAUCAAUUGAUCCCUUUACUGAGUUCAAUGCGUUCAAACCAAAUGUGCGGGAAAAGUUUUCACUGCAAUUCUCACUGUUUCGAAUUGGCAUAAACCAGCAACAACUUUUCACGGAGAAACCCACAAAACGCUAACAUGACAAAAAAUGAACGCUACUUUUUUUUCUGCUUCCAUUUUUGACCUUUGCGACCUAAGGUUUGCUCAUCGUUUCAACAUUUCUUUUUCAAUAAAUUUGUUUUUGAAAAUUGUAGUCAGUCAUCGGUGAAAAUAAUAGCUUAAUUAGUAUGCAUUAAACACCAGGGGUGGAACGGAGCGGCUCGACGGCGAAGCGAUGGCAGGGCGAAGACCGGCGACAAAACACCCUCCAUCGGCAGCCUUCGCUCGAGGUCCUUCUCAUUCUUAGCUUCUUCUCAUUUUCUUUCUCUUGUUUAAUUUAUAGUCUCAACAAUGAUUUAUUCCAGAACGAACAGUACAAAAAACAACAAGGCAACGGGAAUCUCCCGCAACAAAGGACCACCAAUUCCAACGCAGCCAACUCCAAUUUCGAUCAAAGACCCCGGUAACUUGACUUUUUUUUUGAGAACAACUGAUGUUUUUUGAUCAUACUGCUGUUCAGCGUGAGACAUUUUCCCAGGGUGAGAAAACACUCUAAUUUUUGUACCUCUUGAGAAAAUACACCCGUGCAAGUUUCAAACUGCCCUUUCAUUUAUGAUUUCUGAGCUUUUGUGGAAGCCAGAAAUGCACUUAGUAGUUCCCUCAACUUUGAAAAGAGUUAAAACAUCAAAAAGUCAAUAUUCGAAAAAAAGGAUUCAGAAACUUAACGUAGAGAGAAGAAGAAAAAACUUUUUCAGUAAUUGUCAUCCAUUAAAAUUGUGAAGCUUACGAUUUUUGAGGGCAAUUUAAUUUUACGGAAAAUUACAAUUUUUUUGACAUGCGCUUUUUUCACAAUAGUAAAAAAUAAAAAAUGUUUCAUGAACAACUUGAACUCCGAAUUCCUUCGGUUACUUUGAUUCUCCGGAGCACCUGCUUAUUUAUGCUUUUUUGUUUUCAUUCACAUUAUUUCAUAUAAAUUUCAUUUUAGGCAAAUAGUACCUUUUCUUUAGAACCAUCUGAUCAACGUUUUUCAUUUUCGUUAAUUAUUCCCUCAUCGGCGUUCUGAAAGCUCUUUUCAAGCACCAAUUUGGGCAAAGCGUUCUUGAAAACAAGCCAAUAUUCUAGUCGUAACCUUGCUAAUAAAUUCCACGAUAACUCUAUGCAAUUUACGUCACAAUUUGUUUUUUCUGCAGAGGUGAUAUGCAGCGGACCGAGACGCAGGACCGCCAACAACGGCCGCCGACAAACAAUGAGAGGAAAAUGUCAACGACGACGAGGUCUGCACAGAUCUCCAUAGAUUUUCGAGUUCGGAGUGGCCCAUUCUGAGAAGUGAUGAGUAGAUCUCGAUUGAAGUAUCAUUUUGAAACGAUCACAAAAUGUUGCAAUUUAAACUUCUCUGUUAUCUUCGCUCUGCCUUUUCUGAAAGAAAAAGACGGAAAGUUGAAGAAUUAUCUUACUGUUGCCCUCUUUACGCGCCAGAUGGAUUGUGUCGGGCGCAAAAAAAAAAUAAAAAAGAUUCUAGGCUCUUCAUCAUUUAUUCUUUUCGAACAUGGCAUCUCAAGCCGGAUAAUUUUUAUUCAAUUUCUUUUAAUGGAGAUUUUUUCUUCCUACUUGACAUGAAUGAUGUUUUUGCAGACCUACAUUCUACGCUGGUGAAGAAGUCAACCAACAAAGGCAACCGAACCAAAAGUAAAUACGUUUUUUGUAGUUUGGUGUAGCUUUGAAUAACUGAUGAACCGUAAAUCUAUACAAAACUUUCACUUGUAAGCUUUCAAAAUAAAGUAAAAACGUGGACACAAAUUUCAAAAUACCUUUAUGUUUCUCUUCUCACAUAUCUCAAAACCGAAAAUGUGGCUUACUUGGAGAAGCUUUGAAAACAACGGAGAACUCUUUUUCUUUCACAUCUUGUUGCAUGAAAACUGAAAUUUGAAAAUUUGUAAUGAAACUUCCACAAACUUGCCUAGAGGAGGAUAAUUCUCUCUCGUUGGGAAAAUAUGUUCUUUGAUUUUGUAAAAACUCAUUCUUGUCUUUUUUUCCAGAAUUUUCACACCAAGUUUCUCUCUUGACUGAAAGCUCCAUUUUCAGCUCGCGGCAACGAGAAAGUGAAGUACCAAACACUUCCGAACGGGUAACUGAGGAAAAUUACUCCACUUCGGCGCACUUUGGCUCAUCUGCCACUAAAGGUUUGCCGAAAUUGCGGGAGGACGCCCUUUUCAAGCGCGACUUCUCAGAGCGAGCCGAGGAAAAAAGCCGCAAAAACGUCGUCCGAGCCGUGCCGCCAUCCACCGAACCACGGAUAAAGAAUCGUCUCCACAGGUAUCUGCUACGAUUUAUUGAAACAGACGAUGGAAAGCGCAAGUGUUAAAUCCUGCUAGAAAAUUGCCUGAUUGAGUUUGAAAUACUUCAACUUGAAAAAACAAAAAAAUUUACUUCAACCCAGUGCAAAUUCACACCUCAUUUUCGAAAAUUUCUCUUCUUAAAAACAGAUUCUUUUUUUGCAUAAACCAAUGGGAUUUGUCAAAAAGAGUUAAGAAAUAAACUAACUUUGACGAUACCGUAGGCGUUUUUGAAUAUUCCUAUUCACUUCUAAAAGAAAUUUCUAUAUAAAUGAGCUAUUUCAAACUACAUACUCGAGCUUGAAAGGCUGUCAUUUGACCGAAGUUCAAAAUGAGUUAAACUUCUCGUCCAAAUUCUUUAACUCAUUCCUCUAACUCAGCAAAAGUUUGGAAAGUUUGACCUUUUUGAGCAUUUUACAAGUUAACCGUAUUUCUUGAACUUGAAAAAAAAUAUAUAUUUGUAAAGGAAAGCUUUUUCAUAAGUCUAUACUUAUUCAAACCUUGAGCAGAAUUGCUACUUUUCGAUGUUUUGCUUCAUUUCGUACUUUCCAACUUUUAUCUUUGUGCAGGAAGUCGGUUUUGAAGUUCACAUUUUCAGAAUUGUUUAUUAACUUUUAACUUCAGAACGCUUUUCAUCAGGCUUUUUUUCUACACAAUGAUAUGAAUCACUAGUAGUUUACUUAAUGUACUCGUUAGUCACGUUUCUGAUUAUCAUGAAAUGGGCGGAGUCUAGUCAUUACUUAAUCCAUCGACCGCCCCUUCAUUUGUACAACUCAUUCUUGUUUCUUCAUAAAACCCAAGCCUUUGCUUCUUUUUCCAUUUCAGCCAACAUUUCAAAGCCAAACCAACGGCCAGUGCCAAAAACGUUUAGCCUGAUUCGGCCACCGACUCAUUAAGUUUUUUAUUGGCGUCUGCCGCGAAUUUGUCAAUAUUCAUUGUGGUGGCAUCCAUUUGGGCCAAAAAGAUUUCUAUUUAGGGAUUCUAAAGUGAAAAAGUUGCAGACAACUGAGGUCGAUGUCGUCAUCGGAAGAAGAGGUGGAGGCUGGACCUUCAAGGAUUCUCCAGACCGAAGACACCGUCCAGCGACUGACCGAGGAGUGUAACUCCGAGAAGGGUUUGCGUGCGUUUGGAAUCUUUGCCCUCAAAAGCAGCGGUUUUCAAAGAAUCUCAUAGUCACUGUCCCACAUUUCCUUUCUUCUUCCAGUUAAAAGUCAUUAAAGUAGUUGAUUGAAGAAAAUUUCGACCACGUGUUUUGAUCGAAAAUAAAUGAACUGGUUUUUGCUUUUUGGACACUUGAGAUCUUUGAAUGAAAUUACUUCAGUUUUGAGAAGGAACUAAUAACUUUUGCAUUCGAAAAGAUCAAAGUCUACUUUUCAAUUACACUAAAUUAUCAGGACAUGAAAACCUAUCAUUACUUUUGCAAAUUUUUCAAAUACUUUUAAAUUCAUCUUCGAACUGCAAUAAGAGCUGCAAUCAAAGUCGUUUACUCUCUUUCCUAAAGCGAAGGUCAUACUUCUCAAACCUUUGAAGAUUUGGAAUUUUCUGAGAAACUUGUGAAUGUUUAAGUUGAAUUAUCGGACAGAGACUGUCCCAAUUUCAGUUCAGUAUAACUAUAUGAGCCAAAGUUUUUCAAAGUUCCAAGAAGUAUGCUUUCCCCUCUAAUCUUUCUUCUCCCGAACAAGUUAUUCCGUAUUGUUUCAGACCUGUUGCGAUACAUCUACGGCAACGAGGUGAAGAAGGGCAAAGUGAAAGCACGUAAGAAAGUCUCCAUCCAAUGACAGAAUUCGGAAAGCGUUCUCAGGAAACGGAGGGCGCGAGAAUUCGACGUCGCCGGCGCGAGCGAUGGCGUCGCCGUCAAGACUUCCGCCGUCGGUCUCCGGCGCCGGCGUGAUCCCUGGAGAUGUGCUUGCCGCCAAAAUUCGAACGUAUCUGUCGGCGAGUGACCUCGGGGGCUUUCAAUUGGUUUUUUUGGCCCGCUCUUCGUCUCUCUUGUUUUUCCCAACCGACCUAAGACAUUUCUCCCAAAAUAAAUUUUUUACGAGUUAAGCGAUAUAUUUUUGGCUUUGGAAAUUCUGGGGAGCAACUUUUUGAGAUCGCAAGCUCUACAAAAUAAUUUUGAGGAAGCGGAGAUUACUUAUCAUGACAAAGCUUGAGAGUUUAGAACAGAAAAUGUUUUCAACUCUAAUCAAUUUGAGAAACCCAAUCAAUCCGUAGCUCAUAGUUUACCUACAAAAAAUCAUUAUCAAAAAAAAUACUAAAAGAAAAUUCACGAAAAAAAAGUUUUCUCAGAUUUCAAGAUUUUCACCUCUUAAAGCAAAAAAAUGAUUUUUUUCAAAAUAUUUCUCAAGACAAUAAUCAUAUCCUUAUUCCAGCAUCCCGUUACGUGGCAACCGUCAGCCGACCAAAAGCGAUUAAUCGGACACAUGAUCCUCCACCGGAUCGACAACGCGCACAACAGCGACCUCGGGUUGAAAGUGGUCGGAGGACGACGUUCAGACACCGGAAGACUCGGAGCUUUCAUCACCCAAGUCAAACCAGGAAGUGUAGCUGAUACUGUGGGACGUUUGAGACCAGGUUAGAAUCCUCCUGCCGACUCACCUUCCCAAUCAACUCAUUAAGGAGAUGAAGUAAUUGAGUGGAACGGACAUCCGCUGCAAAAUGCGACCUAUGAGCAAGUGUAUGAGAACAUUGCAGCCAGCAAGUAUGAUACUCAAGUGGAGUUGAUUGUCAGCCGAUCCGCGACGUUUGAAAUGGAACUUUUGCCGGGAAAUGAUGAAAUAUAUUCAGUUUACCUGGUGGAGACGACUUUUUGAACGUGCAACCUACGAAUCAAGGAACAAUGCGACAACUGCCUAAUCCUCAAUUUGUGAUGGCUCAUGGUAUGUCUAAUGAAGAAAACUUUUAAAAGCAGAAAAAAUAUGAAAAAAAAAACUGAACUUUCUGACUUUGUAAUGUCUUUCGUCUUUAAAAAUGAGAUUUUCAAUUUACGAAGACCAGUUCUAGAAAAUCGAAAAAAUAACUUUCAGCGCCCGAAACCUACUACUCGAGAGCUCCAUCUCCCUUGUUAGGCCAUCAGCUGCCACAGCUUUCUCAUUCUCAAUCAGUCAUGCUUUCUCACCAUCUCCCUCAUCCAGGACCUCAACUGAGUCCAAGGCAUCGCUCCAGUGUCACAUCUUUCUAUCCCGGUUCAAGAGUUCGAGCAAAAAUCAGAUAUCAUCAAAAUUGUUCAGAAUUCGGUCCACCUAUUCCAGACCACCAACCUUAUGGAAAGGGACACAUUUUUGGACGAAUUGAGGUUUUUCCAGUCGUUUUUUUCAGGUCUCAUCUCAAAGUCUACACGCUUUCAGCUUUCGCUUGUCUACUCCCAUCAGGAUCGGCAAUUAUCCGUCGCGUUGGAACGAGCAUUAGACCUUCCGCCUCGACCCGAUGGCUCCCCGCGCAACCCCUACGUCAAGCUUUUCUUGCUUCCUGAUCGCAGGUAGCUAGGGACUUUUUGAUUAAAAUACCAAACAUUUGACAUUCAGUGAAAAAUCGAGACGACAAUCGGCGGUCCUGGCAGAGACAUUACUUCCAGUGUGGAAUGAUAUAUUUUACUACAAUGGGCUCACAGAGCCAAUGGUUUUGCAAAGGGUUAUUGAAGUGAGUAGCGAAAAUGACUCAGCGAACUCCGUUAGCCGAACUGCGAGUUUCAAUAGUUUGGCAGUCGCAUUUAAGGAAUAAAAGGGCGCGCUCAAAAUAAAUUCAGUCAAUGUUUUAAUAAUAAUACUCCUUUACUAAGGUUUAAAAGGUUUCGAUCUGCCUGCACUUUUCUUUUUACGGGGUUGUCAUUGGACAAAAAAAAAGAAAUCGCAGUCAAACCCAAACGCUUCAAAUCGCGGACAAAGAAUAUUUUCAAUGAAUAUGCACCCUACAAAAUUCGAAAACCAUAGCAUAGUGAUCCGAUUGAAAAGUCCCAUUUUUCAGGUGACCUUGUGGGAUUAUGACAAAUUUGGUGCAAACAGUUUUUUGGGUGAGACACUGGUCGAUUUAUCGAGUGUACCGCUGGACGGUACCAACUUGAUGUGUACUUUAGUAGAUAUGGAUGACGACAAUCCGCUUAGAACCGUAAGCAAGACACUCCAAUUCCUUUUCCUACCGGAAUUUUUUCAGCGGCUUCGAUUGCGAAAAUCCUCAUAUUACUCACAAUAUCCGCAUCGACCUCAUUCCGAGAUGAAUUUCCAUUACAACCACCCAUUUGGACCAGGUAAAAUCAAAAGGGAACUUAUUAAACAUAAGCUAUUUCUAGAUUAUUAUCAUAACUACUAUGAUGAUCCUGCAAGAGAUGUUUCUGAGACAAUCCGGAGAAGUCGCACCUACGAUCGAGGCCGACAAGGUCGAAGUCCAGCUGUCGAUCAAGAGGACUGGAACAUCAAUCAACCUUCCGGCUACCUUUCUGAUCAUGGAUACACGGUAACUGAAAGUUAUAAAACAUAAUUUUGAACUUCUUUUUACAGCAAUCCGUCAUGCCCAACUCCCGAAAUCGCCGCCCUCGUAGUGCUACUGCAAUGCGACCAAGUGAUAAAUGUAAAAAGUUAAAAGAAAAUUGUAUUGUUUCAGUGACGAGAGAAGAAAUGGGUGCCUCACGAGCAUACAGUAAGGCUCUACCCAAUGACCACCAUCACUACGAAGAAGAAGAGACUCAAGAACGGUAAGUUGCUGAUAAUCGUGAGUAUAUGAUAAAUGAAGACGAAAAACUGCACAAAAAAAAAAUUCCUAAAAAUAUUUAGUCUUUAUUGCGCGAAUCUGAUAAACGAUUCAUCAUAGUUGAUUAAAACGCUAACUUUUUUUUGAUUAAAAGUUUCAUUUUUCAGAGUGAGAUACCCGCAAAUGAGACCAAAUCGUGAGCACAUCAUGCGCGUGGCAAACGGCGGAAUGCAGUUGACCGAGCCUCAAGGCUACGGUAGCGAUGGAAGUGAGACCAUGAGUGUCCAUUCUUGCAACAGCAUGCCUCUAGUCACGUAAGGACUUCAAAAUAUUCCCAAUCUUCAACAAUUUUCCCUUCAGAACUAUUAACAGAAGACCACCGGCUGUGGAAGAAAGAGAUUCGCGAGAAGAGCAGUCCAUCGAAGAAUAUGAAGACCGCCGAGCUCGAACUCGACCUGAUGAAGCUCAGCCGAAAACUUCAAACGUCGGCCUCAACAAUAUGAAAGAGCGCAAGAAGAGUUUGAUGACUCGAUUCAUUCCUGGUAGAGGAGCUGGAGGAGCAGGUAAUAUUAAAAAAAGACUUAUGAAUGAAGAAUCUUUUAGAAGCCAAAAGAACCGGUUUCGCUCGUUCAGAAGAGGUGGGAAUCCCUGGGAACCUCUCCGCCGAUCGACUCCAGCCUCCUUUUUUAAAGCAAGCCAGCCGUGAAAGUACCGAUUCUGCCCAUUCUGAUAAGUGAGUUAUCGAGAAAAAGCGGAACAAGAAUAACUGAAAUUCAUGUUCAGUUGGCAGCCAGUACUAGCGGACGGUCCUUUGGGAACGUUCGUGGACAACUUGGGACCUGGCCAAGUUGUGGGAAGACAAGUCCUCGCGUCUCCCGUACUCGGCGAAAUACAGAUUGGGAUCAUGGCUGGCAGAUCAGGAAUCGACGUUGAAGUUAUUCGUGCAAAGAAUUUGGUGGUCAAACCAGGUGUCAAAAUUUGUCCAGGUAUUUCCUUUCAAAAAAAAAACUCCAGUUUCUCACAAAAUGAAAUAUUUAGCGCCCUACGUCAAAGUUUACCUAAUGGAAGGUAAACAAUGUGUGGCGAAAGCCAAAACCAACGCGGUGAAAAAGACAACUUCGCCACUCUUCCAACAACAUCUCAUAUUCAAUGAUUCUCCAAGGAAAAAGAUGCUCCAGGUGAAUUUGAAAACAGUUUCUGAUGAGGGGUUCUCAAAAUACAAAAACAACGUUUCGAGACAUAAUCCAAAUAUUUCUAUACUUUUUCCCAUAAAAAUUGGAAAAAUUUUUUUGUUUUCAAUUUCACAGAAGUUCUCGAACAAUUAAGCAACAAUAAAAAGUUACUUUACGCUCCAAAAAAAAUUUGAAAAUCUGUAUAUGAAACAAGCAAUGUUUCACUUUUUCAUGGGUAAAUAAGAAUAAAGGUGAAUAAUUCCAAGAGUAACAGUACGAGACAGCAAAAAAAUUCCCUAUCGAUAACUUUUGUUACAGAUAACUGUCUUGGGUGAUUACGGAAGAAUGGAGCGCAAAACAUUUAUGGGCAUCGCCCAGAUUCGCCUCGACGACUUGGAACUUGGGCCACAGCCACUCAUCGGCUGGUACAAGUUGUUCCACAGUUCCUCACUCGCCGGUACCGGUCCUGUCCGCAAAGAUUCUGAAGUUUCGCUCGUCGCACAAAAUUAA